AUUCGAUGAGUGUUUCGUAGCGGUCGAAUCAAGGUGUGAGCUCACGGUGCGUGCAUCCCCGUGACACAAUUGCUCAAAACGUAAAAUGGAAAAGAGCAAAAAUUAGAUUGAAUCGACCUAGGAAAUUUUACAGCCUAGAAAGCUCUUAUCAUUCACUUAUCGACAAAUUCUGUGUUUGCAACAACCACCCAUUUCCCAAAAGAUUAGCUCUUGUUCUAUCUACUCGAGAGAAGAGUGUUCUGUGGAGAAAAAUAAACAAGAAGAAGAAAUGCCCACCUUGAAUCUGUUCACCAAUAUUCCAGUAGAUACUGUGAUUGCCUCUGACAUUCUCAGGGAUGCCACUAAAGCUGUUUCUAAGAUCAUUGGCAAGCCUGAAUCUUAUGUGAUGAUUUUGCUGAAUGGAGGAGUGCCAAUUGCAUUUGCGGGGACUGAGGAGCCGGCUGCAUAUGGAGAAUUGAUCUCCAUUGGUGGCCUUGGACCAAGUGUUAGUGGAAAAUUGAGUUCAACCAUUGCAGAUAUUCUUCAAACCAAGCUUUCUAUCGAUAGUUCUCGAUUUUAUAUCAAAUUUUAUGAUGUUCAGCGCUCGUUCUUCGGGUUUAACGGCUCAACAUUUUGAUUGCCAUUGAAUUUUAAAUUAAUGGAUGUUUGAUAGAUGUUGAGAGUUGAAAUCAUGUGCCUACGUUGGCUAAAGGAUUAUUCAUGUCCUCAGUUUGUAAUCUUUCUUUCUUUCUUUCUUUCUUUUUUUUUUUUAUUUUUAUUUUUUUUUUAUUUUUAUUUUUUUUUCUGAAAAAAAAGAAGACGAAUUUCAUGGAUUUGAUUGUAGCAUUAAUAAGAAUUCACUUGUUGUUAGUAUUGCA